CUCCCAGAAGUCAGUUCGAGUGUGUUCCGGGUGUCUCUUCGCUUUUCGCUACGGUCGAGAGUAGACGUGUAUCAGCGUUUUUACUCUUUUGGUUAAAAUUUGGUCGAUUUUUGGUAGAGGAGGGAGUGUUGUAGAGAGCGAAAAGUUACAGAUCGGACGUAUUUUAUCUAAGGAACAGUAUAGUAGAUAUGGCUAACAAUCAGGAAACCAAGAUGGAAAACGGUGAUGAGGACUUCUCACAGGACGUGAAGACUGAUCAAAACUUUGCCCUAGACGAACAGAUGAACGGACAACAACAAAACGGUGGAGGCGGUGGAGACGCACCUCCGGCUGACAGCGGCAGUGCCGACGCCCCAGGCCGCGACGACGACAGGAAAUUGUUUGUUGGAGGUUUGAGCUGGGAGACCACAGACAAGGAACUUAGAGAUCAUUUUGGCACAUACGGUGAUAUUGAAAGUAUUAAUGUGAAAACUGAUCCUACGACAGGAAGGUCUCGUGGAUUUGCCUUUAUUGUUUUCAAUAACGCAGAGGCCAUUGACAAAGUUGUCGCAGCUGGUGAUCACGUAAUUAAUGGCAAGAAAGUUGACCCAAAGAAAGCCAAAGCUAGACACGGUAAAAUUUUUGUCGGAGGCUUGACGACGGAAAUCAGCGACGAUGAUAUCAAGAAUUACUUCAACCAGUUUGGAACUAUCAUUGAAGUCGAGAUGCCAUUCGACAAGACUAAGAAUCAACGCAAGGGAUUCUGCUUCAUUACCUUCGAAUCUGAGCAAGUAGUCAACGAGCUGUUGAAGGCGCCCAAACAGACCAUCAAUGAUAAAGAGGUCGAUGUGAAAAAAGCUACACCAAAACCUGAUGCCAUGGGAAACAUGCGCGGCGGUGGACGUAUGGCCCGUGGAGGUGGUCGUGGCCGCGGAAGGGGUAACUACGGUGGCAACCAGAACUGGGGCAACCAAGGAGGAUAUGGUGCAUACGGCGGUUAUGGCCAGGGAUAUGGUAGUGGCUAUGACGGCUACGGAGGAGGCUAUGAUUAUUACGGAGGUGGAUAUGGUGGAUACGGAGGCUACGACUACUCAAGCUAUGGCAAUUAUGAUUGUGGCUACGGUAACUAUGAUGGCGGCUACGGAGGUGGACGCAGUGGCAAUCGCGUCAAAGGAUCUGGGAACGGCGGUGGUAGCGGUUACACAGGCGGCAAGCAGAGGGGUGGCGGCGGCGGCGGUGGUGGUGGUGGCGGCGGUCGCAGACACCAGCCCUAUUAAUAAAUUUGUGAUCAGUACUUGGUAAGUUCGAUAUCAUCGGAUCAAACGCCAAAAAAGAAAAAAAA